CAGCGGGUACAAAUCGACGCAUAUUAAGGAAUAAUAUCAGUGUUCAUCGAUUCUCCCAAGUUCAUCAUAUUGUUCAACAAAUCGAGCUUAUUUGGUAAAUCAUGAGGAUAAUUACAUUCGGAUUCCUAUUCAUCUUAGGAUUUGUAAUCAGUGAACUCCAUGCUCAAGGAGCUUAUUUUGAUAAUCGUUAUCCGCCUUCACCAGGUCGAAGAUCAAAUAAUUUAUCGCAAAGAUCUCGAUCCAGGCCACAGUAUGGUUAUCGAAGAGGUGUCCGCUUCCAAUCAGCACCUCGAGAAGAUGAUGGUCAAGUACAACAGUUGACCGAUUCACCUAAUUCUGUUAACGGAAUCAAUGGUGGAUCAAAUACCGUUGGAGGUGGAGUUAACGGAAAUGGUGUUCGACCAGAUCAACAAUUAAGGGAAGGUGACUUGGAUACAACAACCGUUUCAACUGGUCUCGGUGAUGGUUCAUCAUCAUUUUCUCCAUCAUCAUCUCUUUCUCCUGGAGUUUCCAGUAAUUCAGAUGAACCCUCAGGAGGAUCUUAUGCUGGCGAUGGUUCACCAAUUUCAACACCAACAUCCACCGGUUUAGUUGAUGAUGCCGAGCCUAAUGAUGUUACUCCUAAUGUUCAAUCAGGAAUCGGUGAGCAAGGACCAAUUGAUAAUGAAGGCAACUCACAAGGUCCAUCUUCAGGAUCCUUUGGGUCAAAUAAUCUUAGACCAGGUUUAAACAAUGGAGUUAAUCAACAAAAUAUUCCAGGUUCAACUAGCUCUGGUUAUCCAACUGGUACUACACCUAGUGGCUAUUCUGGCUCAAAUGGUAAUGGAGGUGUUAAAAGACCCGUGAACGGAAACGGUUCUCGCGCACCAGGAGUUGGAACAAAUGGCAACGGUGUUGGUUACAGCAAUGGAGUUAACAAUGGAAUGAAUGGUGGAAGUAGCGUUACUUAUUCAAAUGGAGGUUCUCCUGGAGCUACAAGUGGUAACCGAAUGGGUCGUGGCCCAUUAAAUGGUAAUGGAAUCUCAAUGAAUGGUAAUGGAGGCUCAAGAGUUAAUGGUCAAGGAUUAACAAAUGGAAACAGAAAUGGAAACAAUUACCCUGGAACAAAUGGUGUUGCCAGCGGUACAGGCUUCCCAACUACUACUACAAAUGGUUAUUCUGGAAACGGAGUCUCAAACGGAGCUGAUUCAGGAUUACCUGGUAUGACAAAUGUUGUAGACUCAACUGGAAGUGGUAUUAAUGGUGACUCUGGCGUAGCACCUAAACCUACUAGCGGCGGUGAAGGAUCUGGUGUUUCUGGUUACAGUGGUGGUCCAUCUGAUGGAUCAAACUCAGGCGGACAUGGUGAUGAUGGUUCUUAUUCUCAUGACUCUGGUCACCAUCGAAGUGGUAAUCCAAUCGACUGGCUACGAGAUGCUAUUCGCGGGGAACCUGGACGAGAUUAUCCAAUUCUUUAUUCAGUUCCAAAUACUCCAUUCAAGUGUAAUGAUGUUGGUUAUCCUGGUUAUUAUGCUGAUGUUGAUGCACAAUGUCAAGUUUUCCAUAUUUGUCAAAUGGAUGGUAGAAAAGACUCAUUUUUAUGUCCAAACGGAACCGUUUUCAGUCAACGUAAUUUUGUCUGUGUUUGGUGGUAUGAUUUUGACUGCAAUGAAGCUCCAGCUUUAUAUAAUCUCAAUGAAAAACUUUACAAAGAUGCCGAAGGAGUUCCUAUAACUGGAUCUGGAGCUAGUUCAGGAACUGGUCCAGUCAUGAAUCCCGCUGGCAGAUCACUCGAUGAUGGACAAACCGUUGGUUCAGGAGCAGAUAAUGGUAUCGCUGGACCCAGUUCAUCACCUGCUCCUAACUCAGGAUCAGGAUUAAAUACAGACUUUGGACAACGAACUCCAGGAACCUCAGUUUCCGGAGGCUCAAUCGAUAAACCAUCUCAAAGUGGAGGAGCUGAUGAUUCUAGUAACGUGAAUGGUGAAGCUGACAUUGACUCUGCUGAACCUGGAAUGAGUCCCAUGGAUGGAGUUGGACCAAUGACAGGCUCUGAUGGUGGACAAAUUGCUGGUCCAUCAGCUGGACCUAUGACUGAUGACGGAAUUAUCUCUGACAUGGGUCAAGAUGAUGCUGGAAGAUCAGAAGGAAGCAUGGGAAACCCUGACGACUCGGCAAGAUUACCUGGAAGCUCAGAUGAAGGUGUUACCGACAGUUCAAUUCAAAACAAGGAAGAUGGUGUUGAAGAAAAUGUUGAUGUUGAUGGUCAACCCGAAACUGCUACUGACAAUGUCGGUCCAUACUCCGCUGAUGGUGGAGCUGUAGAUCAAUCUGGCAUGGGAGGACUUCCAGGUUCAACUAAAGGACCUUUAUCUCCAUCAACUCCUACAUCCGUCUCAUCUUCAGGAAUCGAUAAUACAAUGGGUUCUGAUGGUGAAUCUGGUGUAACCUCUGACUCAGGAUCUGGUGAAGGAGGAGCAACAGCAGCUGGAGCCGCUGCAGGAGCUGGAGUAGGACCAGGGCCAAUUGAUGAAACUGCACCUGCCACUGGUACCAAUGUUGCUGGUUAUGGAUCAGUCAAGGGUGUCUCACCUUCUGCUGCCUCUAGAUAUCGACUUGCCAAUCGACGAUCAUCUCCAGCUAGAAUCUCUCGAACUCGAGGAUCUAGGACAUCAACAAGAGCAUCAACACGAUCUCGAUCUCGACCAGCAUCUAGAUCAUCAUCUCGACAACGAGCUGCAUCUCAAAGAGGAUCAAACUCUCAACGAUCCGCUCGAAGAGUGAACCGAGUAGCCCGAGUUUCUCGAGGUAGAGCAAAUAAUAGAUCACAAUUAAGAAACCGAAGCUAUGCUCGACGACGAACAACCCGAUACCGAGCCCAAAAUUAAAGAGUAUCUUAAGGAUAGUCUUGACAUUUAAAGUUUAGGGAAACAAUUACAAAAAUUGGAUUUUGUGGUCUUGGAUUUAGCAAGCUUGAAUAAUUUUUGGGAUCAAAUCGUAUAUCAAGAUGUAGUCAGAUAAAAAUAAGUUCAAUAGGCUCGAGAACAAUUUAUUCAUCGCCAAUCAACUUAAAAUAAUAGAGGAAAUGAUAGCCUUUUAAUUCCUUUUUUUCUCAUUUUUUAAAAACUAUAUCUUCAUCAUCAUUGCCAUCAUUAUUUUCAUCCUCAUUAUCAUUGUCGCCAUCUUCGUCUUCAUUCCAUCAUCAUUACAGAAUUACUGUUUAAAAAGUGUGCAUUUGAAAGUGAGAGAAAAUAUUCAAUUACCAUCCUCUGCUACCUUAUUAAUUGUUUCAACGAACUGCCAAUCUAAUAUCACGAUGUUAAAUACAAACUUACAAAUUUAGAUGAAUCUUAUCGUGUGAAUCUCAGCCAGUUAAUCAAAUCUUUUCCUUAUAAGACUUGCUAUUGAUAAUCGCCUGGUUGAAUAAUAUAUUACGGAUUAAUUGUAAGAAUUGAUUCAAUGUUUACUUUAAUCUUUCUUCUUCUCAUUUCGAUUCUUUCAAUUGGUACAUCCUUUUCAUCAGCCAGUUGAAACAAUUCAUAAACACUUCUUUCAAAUUAUUAUUGGUGUAAAAUAUUUUCAUCAUUAAAUAAAGAUGCCAUAGGAAUUUUGGGUUAA